CUUACAUCCUAAAGCUUUGCAGUGUUUCUCCCUAUAGUAAAAAGAACAAAAAUCCAAAAAAAACAUAAUAAUAGUACUGCCUUAGCUUUUGGAAUAUCCUCUUAUUAAUCUCAAUAAAAACAAAAACAAAAUGGCACGCCAGUUUAUCGUAUUUGCUCUAUUGGCUAUCAUUGUUGCCACCGCUUUCGCCGCCGAUGCUCCCGCAGCUUCCCCGAAGAAGUCUCCGUCUCCGACCACCGCACCAGCAACCAAAACUCCAACUGCCCCAACGAAGGCUCCUACCGCCACACCAAAAUCUUCCUCCGCUGAUGCGCCUAAGUCAUCUUCAGCCGCUUCUCCCAAAACAUCUUCCCCUGCUGCAGGAGGACCCGCCGCCGAGGAUGACUCCUCUGCCUCUGGUCCCAGUGACAGCUCUGAUGCACCUAGCGUGUCCUCUCCGCCAGCUCCCACACCCGACAGCACAUCCACUGCUGAUGGACCAAGCGAUGGACCCAGUGCAGAGUCACCAACCAGCGGUGCCGUGUCCACCGUCAAGCUUUCUGUUGCUGGCAUAACAGCCGCCAUCAGCUUGUUCUUCUUUUCUUUCUAAGUUAAAUUAGUCCAUAUUUUGCUUAGAAAGAUUGUCGUCUAAUCUUUCAACAUGAGACGUGAACUUAUUAUAUAUAUAUAUAUAUAUACGUUUAUAAGUUGAGAUUAAUUGGAGUUACUAUAAACUCAAAAGUCGAUAUGAAUUUUUGUUAGAAACAAAUGUUUCAUAUUUUGUUUAAUAUAAUAAAGUUUUGUGGAAACGCA